UAAACAAUCUUGAAAGACAAUCAAAGAGUUCAAAAUAAGAAUCAUGUUAUUGAUUUUACUGUUGUUGAUUUUGCCAGGUUCUGGCCAUGGCCAAUGCUCUACUGCAAACACCACCUUCCAAAAAAACCAGCAAAUCCUUGUAAAUUUGCUUAUCAAAAAUGCCCCUCUUCAACAUGGAUUCUAUAACUCAAGUGUUGGGAAUAACUCAGAUAAAGUCUAUGGUGCCUCUCAAUGCAAAGCUAAUAUAUCUUCAAAUCAUUGUGCCAGCUGUUUAAAUUCAUCCUUGGGUUCCUAUAAUGGAUGUCCUGAAUUCCCGGAAGUAGAAUUUGUAUCCAGUUUCUGCACUACAAAGAUCUACAAUAAGAAUAUUAUUGGAGUAUGGACCAACCACACAACUGCUAAAUACCCAAUUCAAGCAUUGGACGAUCCAUUAGUAUUUUCGAAAGGGUUUUCGAUGAUGCAAGAUUUAGCAAGCACUGUUCCUUAUCAACCAUUGAUGUUCCAAGCAGCUGAAAUGGAUGUUGGGAUUUAUGGGAAGAGGUAUGGUUUGGCUCAGUGUGGACGAGAUUUGAGUAUGCUAAAUUGUAGAUAUUGCUUGGAGGAUAGAUUAUUCCGAUAUAGAUCGUUUGUCCAGAAUAGAACUCGAUGGGAAAUUCUAGGGUAUAGUUGCAGCAUGUGGUAUUCUAACGUUUCUGACACUGAUAAGAAUCUAAACGCGAGUGUGGCCGAGAUCACCCCUUCAGCUUUGCCUUCGCCUUCUGACAACCAAGUUCUUCCACCUGGAAGUGUUACAUCAGGAGCUAAAAGAUGCCAUGGAGGAAUGUGGAUUGGAACCAACAUCUGGAUCAUUGCUUUAACAAAACUAUUAUUAGCAACUCAAGUUUUUCAUUUGUCAUGAAUGGUGCUGCAGCAGCGAUCAUAUAUUAAUUUUAACCAAAGAUAUUUAAUGAGUUCAAAGUUGUAGUUUUCUAAGGUUAUUUGCUGUGUUUUAACUUGUUGAGUGAGUUCCAGCUUCAGUCUCUUAUUUUGUGCAUCGUGGUUAUUGUUUUACUUGUUUUUUCGUGGAAUUAAUUCUAAAAUGUUUAUUAAGUUGAUUUUUAUUGUUC